ACUUACCGAACUGAAUAAAUUGUAUGUCUUUUAAUAUUUGCAUAGUUUCAUACUCUUUGAGGGUCCAGCGCUAACUUACUGUUUUUUCAAUAGGUCCACCCAACGAAACAAUGGACUACACUGAAGGACCAUUUUCGUGUCCCAAGUGUAGCGCUAGCUAUAAGUUCAAGACCUCAUGGUACAACCACAUGAAACUACACUCCGGUCAAUCAUGGGACCACGCAAAUCGCACGCAGCGCUUCUCGUGUCCUGUUUGUGGCCUUAGCUAUAAGCACAAGACCAACAUGUACAACCACAUGAAAAUACACCUCGGUGAAACCUAUUGUCAGAUAUGCGACAAAGCUUGCUCAAAUCGAGGGAAUUACAGGAGGCACAUGAUUAUGGUCCA